GAUGUGAUGAACAUGAGGACCUGUUCAGGGUAUUCCCCACCUCAAGGAUAAACGGGUAUAAAUAAAUGGAUGGAUCACAUAACUAUAACAUGGAAGUUAAAUAUCCAACUAAGCAUGGUUGUGUUGAUCAUCUGAAUGUUCAAAGAGUGUGGCACAAUUGCUAACACACCAGGAUGUGGCAAUCCACCUACCUGACCCAGGUAACACAUGGAAGACAGUGAGGAGCUGUAGAGAGUCAUGGCUCAGAGGCGACUGUGUCCCAGCUAACUCCACAAACCUACAGUGAGGAAGAGUACAGCCUUUAAACAUGUUGAAGGUACUCUUGUCAGAUGAGAGAACUGUUCGGCCUGCAAGCAUAACUAUAUGGUAGAAAUGUGGCCUAAGCGGAUGCAGCUGAACUGAAAUCAGAGUAAAUGUGAUCAAUUCCAUAUUUGCUCCCUUGCCAAAAGAGUAAAAGUGUCUGAAGUCACGUUCCAGUGAGCUAAGUGUCCUGGGAAAGGAUUAGCCUGAGUUAUAUUUUACUCCAACGCAGUCACCGGAUCUUCCCUCCUGGACUAAGUGCGCUCAGUCAUGUUGUUGUCAUGCACUCUCACCGUCUGAAAAGGACCAUCCGGUGGGCAUGACGUCAUACGCUGAGCGUGCUGUGAUCUUUAAAGCAUUUUUCAAUCCCACCACAGCCCCAGGAUAAGAUCGCGUUUUUUCUUUUUUCGUUACACAAUGUAUCUAAUGCACGUAGCAGAGCAAACUUAAAUACUUCAAUUGGAAAUUAAGUGAACUAAUACGCACACACACACACAAAAAAAAAACGAUUAACAAAAGCAGUUCAGUAGGUCGCUAUAGCAACGAGGUUUUGUUGUCAAUGACAACCAAAGUAACGUUCGAACCUGACGGUUUCAGUUUUGGCUCGACCGUGAGUUAGCUUGGUUCAUUUAGUUCAGUAGUUAAACAACUUUUAGACAAAUAAAACGUAGACGUGUCGUGGUGUGAAGUAGUGAAACAAUGGACUCAAAUUUGCUGUCGUAUUCUCUGGACUUCAUUUCCAGCAGCGGACGUAUUUUAAAUAUUGAGCAGAGAACCGCACUUCAGACGUCCAUGUUGAUCCUGAAGAAAAACUACAAUUUCCAACGGGUCAUGUUCUGGGGGAAAAUACUGGGCAUAAAGCAGGACUACUUCAUUGCUCAAGGGAGAGGUGAAGAUGAAAUAAAAAAUAGAACAUAUCUAUAUAGCUUCAACUGCAUGGACUGGCUCCUUCUUCCGGCUGUCACUGAGAGCAUGAUUGAAGAAGUGACCAAAACUGCUAAGGGUCAUUUCAUAGGAGACCCCUCUUUCGUGUAUGAACAAAAUCUGUACUUUCAGAUCGAAACAGAGGAAGAAGCAGAGUCUAACGUGGACAAAGUAAGUGAAGAGAACAGACUGUCAGUGACUAUUCAACAGAUCGAUGAAGACGUGUCUGUGGUGCCCCGAGGUGCCUUCAUCAGGACUCCACUUGGCCCUGUCCAUGUCAACCGCAGUUUUGCGGGUCUUUCUGAAUCAGAAGCAAGGCAGCUUGACAAUUUUCUACACUUCCGUGAACCGAAGAGAGCAAACAUUUUAUAUCUCGAAAGGAUGGGGGACUGGUGUCCAGCCAUCGACUUCCUGGAUGUCCUUAGUGACGACAUUCCUAAAGGAUCGUGGAGUCUUCAGUUUGAGUGUGCCAGCAGAGUGUGUUUGCUGCGCAGCCUCCUGUGGUUUGGACUCACUUUCUACCAUGUGCCAAAUACGCCACAACAUGGAUACAUCUACAUCGGCAACGGGCUGAAAAACCAGGACCUUCCUUUCAUGUUGUAAUAUAAACAUGCUGUUCUUU